UUCCAGGGGCAAGAAGACACUGGCAGUCAGAGAGACAUGGAAGCUUCCAAGCGACGCCCAACCUACCAGGUCAUAGACGGCGACAACGUUUCCAUUCAGAUACUGCCAGACAUCUACAGACAGGCCCUGAAGUUCGUUCCUGAAAAUGGAGACAUUGUUCAGACUACAUUUCCCAGAUGCGGGUCUCACUGGGUCCAGCAGAUCAUUCAGCUGAUUCUGAACAAGGGAGAGUCAGCCAAGACGUUUGCCGAGCUUGCCAAAAGGGCGCCCUUUAUCGAGUUCUCGGGUGAGCUGUCCAAUAGCUCACCGCGACUGAUUAGGACGCACCUUCCCCUAGGCAAGAUUCAGUUUAACGACAAGGCCAAAUACGUCUACGUUGCCCGGAAUCCGUGGGACUGCUGCCUGUCCAUGUUUUACUUUCUCCGGGAACUGCCGGGCCUCAAUUUCGAAGACGGACUCUUCGACGACUGCGUCGAUUCUUUCAUCGAAGGUACAACGGGUGGCGGCGACUGGUUUCAGCACGUACUCUCGGGCUACAAGCUCAAGGACCAGCCCAACGUUUUCUUCGUGACUUACGAAGGGCUCCAAGCAAACACAGCCGACGUGGUUCUCCGGCUGGCGUUCUUCUUGGGGGAAGAGUACGGACUCAUGCUCCAGAAGGACCGACAAGUUUUCUACAGUGUUCUUGAGAAGUGCAGCUUUAGCUAUAUGAAAACUUUCAUGAAAACGGAUACUCAUGAGAUCAUGAACCUUUUUGUAAAUAACCCUAGUGUAGAAACGCAAUCCGACAAACCGGUCGAAGUGAAAAUUGUUCGUAAUGGAAACGUGGGUGACUGGAAGGAACACUUCACGGACGAAAACAUCGCAAAGAUGCGCGCGAAGAUUGAGGAUACCUUUAAAGGCGUCGACGUAAUGAGCCUCUGGAAAGACAUGUAGAGGGGCCGAUAACUAUAGUAUCUGAUUUAUCAUAAAGUCGCAAGCUGAAACUUCAGUGCUGAUUGACGUUCUCUUGUUCCAGUGAAUAAACAGCCGUUUAUAAAAUACGUCGCAGUACCC